GUCGGAUGAGUUUAUGACGUAAAGCUUUUUCCGGGUCGUAGCCACCGGUCCAGGGUAGUCCAGUCUAAAAGUAGAAAAUUUCCAACACAGUCAGAAAUUGAAAGCUGCUUAAUAUCCCCAGAGGUGCCAGGAAUUCGAUUCUUCUAUAAAUCAAGAGCGCAGCAGUAGAGGAUGCACAACCAACGUUCACCCUUCAAUGGAGGCCCGGGAGGAUUCGGAGCCAGUGCCUUCAACUUCAAUGCACCACAGUUCGGCGACGGCGCUGCGUUCUCCGAGGGUCUCAACGGGAUGCCCUUUCUGGGCAAGAUGCCCACCGAACCGAUGAUGCGCUCCAUUAGCCGCCAACGCUCGCUGGUUGAUGGGGCUGGGCUACCCAAGAUGCCGGCACCUCUUCCCGCGAUGGCCCAGCAAAUCUUGAGCGGCGCCGGAGUGGGACGUAGUCAACGCUUCCCAGUGCCACCUAUCUCCACUUACUAUGGGCACUACGAGGGCGACUUUUCGAUGUCUUCAAUGUCAAAGCUAAAGGACACUGCCUCACCCCCACAGACCCAAUGGCAGGAGCAUAAAACACCGCGUCUAGCCGCACUUUCAGAAACCGACUCCGAGAGCGACAUAUGCAGUCAGCAGAACAGAGCGAAAUUGCCUGAAUCCCGUUGGCGUCGUGCCAUUAACUACGUAACGGCCGCUCUGCCGGAGCAACAGCGCCAACGCAUGGAGGUGAUGGUCAAGCGCUGUGGCCAGUCGGCUAUCGCCAAGCAUCUUCUGUUGGUGCUGCAUCUGAUCGCCCUGGUGGUGGUUGUGUGUUUCCGCCAGGUCGCGCGACUUGGAUGGCUCUGCGGCGACAUUCGCUCUCGCCUAGGACGCGUCAAGUACCAGUCGCGCAGCUACCUGCGCCACAUGCUGUGGCGGCUGGCCAUUGCCAAGAGUAACGACACCUUUCUCUUUCUCAUCGUGGUGCUGGUGACGCCCUGGCUAUUCCUUCUCAGCCUUGUCGGCUUCGCCAUAUCCUUCGUCUUCUCCAUGAGGACCACGUUGGCAGAGGGAGUCCGUCAGCUGCGCCGUCGCGUAUUUUAGACCAUAAGUGGAGGGAAAUGGCUUUAGGAGCAGCACCCACAAGCUCCAUCGCCCCCAAGUUAUCACACAAGGACACUAAAGCAGCGCAUUCCACAAAAUAACACAUGACAUACAGCAAGAUGAAACCACUCGAAUUUUAACUAUAUUUUGUGUUGCAGCAACGAAAUAGAACUCAAGUAACGUU